AAACACGUACACCACCAUCAUCACCGUCUCAAAAACCCUAUUACUACUAUAUAUUCCAGGCCGGCCAGUUUAUUGUUUCUUUUCCAACUUACUGUAAUUCUCUUUUUCAAUCCAAUUACCUACCAUCCAUCAUCAUCGAUAUUCAUGGCUCCUUCACUUUCUCUCAUUUCCAACUCCGACUCGUUGGAUGUCACAAAGUUUGCAGUGUACCAAGGGAAUGGAGUCAAGGGACUCUCAGAGUUGGGGCUCAAAACCCUUCCUAAGCAAUAUAUCCAACCUAUUGAAGAAAGGAUGAGCAGUAUGAGCCACAUAGAGCCAGAGUCCAUACCCAUCAUUGACAUGGCAAAUUGGGAUGAUCCCAAGGUGGCCGAUGCCAUAUGUGAUGCUGCAGAGAAGUGGGGGUUCUUUCAGAUCAUCAAUCAUGGGGUCCCCAUUGAAGUGCUUGAGGAUGUGAAGACUGCGACUCAUCGGUUUUUCGGAUUGCCAGCUGAGGAGAAGGGGAAGUACUCCAAAGAGAAUUCGUGCACUAACAACGUGCGCUACGGCACAAGCUUUAGUCCUCAAGCGGAGAAGGCUUUGGAGUGGAAAGAUUACCUUAGCCUCUUCUAUGUUUCUGAUGAUGAGGCUGCUUCCCGAUGGCCUUCUCAGUGCAAGGAUCAAGCAUUGGAAUUCAUGAGGAGGUCCGAUUGUGCCAUCAAGAGGCUAUUGGAAGCGCUGACUAAAAGACUGAACGUGAAGGAGAUGGAUGAAACUCAUCAAACACUUUUGAUGGGAUCGAAGAGGAUUAACCUUAACUACUACCCCAUAUGCCCUAACCCUGAGCUCACCGUCGGAGUCGGCCGCCACUCGGACGUCUCGACAUUGACCAUCCUUCUCCAAGACGAAAUCGGAGGCCUUUACGUACGAAAAAUAGACGACGAGGACACUUGGAUUCACGUCCCGCCGAUCAGCGGGUCCCUUGUGAUCAACAUCGGUGAUGCGCUUCAGAUCAUGAGCAAUGGUCGAUACAAGAGCGUUGAGCACCGGGUGAUGGCCAACGGAAGCAAGAAUAGGAUCUCAGUUCCCAUCUUCGUGAACCCGAAACCCAGUGCGAUCAUCGGUCCUUUGCCGGAAGUGUUGGAGGGUGGCGAGAAACCGGUGUACAAGCAAGUUCUCUACUCGGACUACGUCAAGUAUUUCUUCAGUAAAGGCCAUGAUGGGAAGGACACAGUUGAAUUUGCAAAGAUAUAACUAGUUUAAAUAAUUAAAUCGUUUAUGGCUAGUUAUGUUAAUAAUGAGGCCGGGAAUUAAUGUUGAAGAGAAUAAAACUGAGAUAGGAAGGGUACUGCUGAUGUCUUGUUUAAGUGAACAUAUAAUAUAUAUGAAACCAAAAAGAAAAAGAAAAAGAAAAAAGUAGGUGUGAUACCACUGUAAUAAGUUUACCUUAAUUAAAUUUCUAAUCAAUGAAUAUUCUUUAUUGUGUCUUAUU